CGCAGAUCUACCGGAAGUGAAAAGUAACAUUUUAAAGGCAUGGCGGCUGAUCUGGCGGUAAACUCGGAGGCACGCCUCUGGGGACCAUUCAAGGAGCUAGAAAGGAUCAUAAACGCUGCAGUCUACAAGAAAAAUCCUGAUGCUGUCCUUGAUCUAGAAGUCGGACUGAAAUUACACAAACCACACUUUAUAUCCUUGCUGAAAAACCCACCAAAGAACACCCUGUGUCGAGAUGCAGUUAAGAAGUCUAACACAGUCGGUUUGCCAGUUCAGGGAGAACAGACAAGCCAGACUUUCUCCAGUCAGUUCAUUGAGGAGGCACUCAUUCUCAGUGAACUGUUUAACAUGAAUGAAGUGGCAGCUGUGGAGCUGCUGACAGAAGGUGAACGAAAGCAGGCCGAGUUUCCUGGACUAACGCGGGGACUUGUGGCUGUUCUGUUGUAUUAUGAUGGCCAACGCAGUUUGGUCAGUGGUCUCCGGACACUUGUCCAGUCAAGAAGGGGUCGCACCUGGACAAUGGAACUGUCGCCAGACCUGGCCAACCUAGUAACUCAAUUUACUGACCAGCUCCUCCAGAGAGAUGGUCUGGUCAACAAAGUGUUAGAUUUACUGAACAGCCGAGACACAAAGACCGAGAUGGAUCGUCUACAGCGCGACAGAGCUCUGGGCUCCCCCAAACACACCAGACAGGUUAGAGACAUCUACACGGAGAUAAACCUCAUCUUAGCUGACUGUCUCUUCUGUCUGUCGUCUCAACAACCUCUGGACAAGACUAGCACCCUACGCCUUAUUGACUACCUAAGGGGAGCUAACUCACUGAGUGGGGAGGGUCCAUUAGAUCUGGUUAACCUUUGUCUACUCAUGGCCCUCCUGUACUGCUUUGAUGUCAGUGUGCUGGAGCAGGAAGAUGCUGAGGAGUCUGUGAAGAAUCUGCCACUGAUGAAUGAUGCUAGUUACGUUGGAGAGAUACACCAGGCUCUGACCGGUGGUCAGCAGUGGACCAACCUAGGUCUGAGAGGCAUUGCUCAGUUUGCCUGGGGACUGACACUCCGACAGCUCUCACAGUACCACACCCCUGCAGGUGUGAACAAGAUUUGUGAGGAGGAUGAGAGCCUGAUCACCAUGGCACUGGACAACAAUGUAUUUCACUAUAUGAUCAAGUCGGUUGUAGCUGUGCCAGACUUUCACUGUGAGGAGUUCUACAUGAGGAAGAUUCACGGCCUUCUGACAGACUUCAUAUUCCACAUGCCGCUAAAGGUAAAAGAACUCCGUAACCGUAGUGAUGAGGCAGCAAGAAUCCUUAUGUCCCAGACACAGGAUGGCUUGGACACGACCAUCUCUCCCAACCGUGGAUUUGAGUACCUACUCCAGCUGAUCGGUGAUCUCUACAGCAAGGAUCCCCAGGGUCUGGAUCUAUGCCUAGAAUACUGGUGUCCACAGGAGGCCCCCUCCCUUCAUGAGUCUAUGUAUCACUACCGACCCCCACAGAGACAGGUGGCACUUUACAAGUUUGUGCGUCUAGCAGGCGACCUGCUACCAUCAUUUCUGUAUCAGCCAUACAUCAAUAUGCUGAUUGGUCUAUCUAGUAACCAGCAAGGAGCGCACCACUGUUUCGACCUCCUCAAGAGCAACGGUAUGGGCUCAGGAGGCCCUGCCAGUUCUGUGUCCUGGAACCACAUUUUCACCUCCCUCAACCAGUAUUACACCAGUCUGAGGCGGGAGGCCCCUGCAUCUGCCGAAACUUCUCACCACCAGAGGGCACCACACAUACGCGGCAUUACCCCGGCAGAGCUGGAAGGACUUGUCACUGUCCUUAAACUCACUCGUACCAUAGCAGAGCAGAAUGAGAACUGUCGUAUUGCCCUGUGUGAGAACCAGCAGUGGUCGGCUGUGAUGAUCAUGUUUGGACUGGUCACCUGUAGUAUCCCUUCCGCUCUCAAGGCUCAACUCUUCCACACUUUGGCUGCCUUUGCCCGCUCACCAGACAUUGCUGCCAGUCUGUGGCAGACUCUCGAGGUGUCUCAGAUAUUACCUACAAUCCAGUCUAAAGGGGCAGGAGGAAUCCAGAUUGAGCUGGACGAGAUAGAGAGUCGUAAUGAGGAAUACCCGAUGAUCCAGGGGUUUCUGGCACUGUUGGACACACUGUCCGAUAUCCCUGUCCCUGCAGGACUAGGGGCAGGGAUCAGGGCCCCAGGAUUUGAUCCCUAUCUUCUCUUCCUUAAAGACUCAGUUUUCUUGAGGUUCAACUCAAGAGCCUACAAAAACCCAGGAGAAAAGUGGGAGAUCGCUGCGUCCGUGUUGAACAUCCUCUGUAAACUUUUACGUGAACAUGAGAUAGUUCCUGAGGAUUUUGUUGAUGAGCUGAUCGAGGUACAGUCUGGAGGAACAGUGGUGGCGAACAAAUCCGCCGGUCACACCCUGCUGGUACACAUGCUGAAUGAUUCCAGUCUCCUCCGCAUGAUACUGCGGCUACUGGAUGAUGUCAUUAACCAGCUAGAAACCUACACAGAUGUUCCAGGCAAGUUACAGAUGGAGCGGACAGCUUUACUUUGUCUGCGGAUGGUCGAGUAUACUCUAGAGAAGGCUGACCAGUUUGUGUCGGCGUGUCGCGAGACUGGAGCCUCCAUCAUGGUCGUCUCCAUGGAUAGACUACUGCUGGGGAUUAAUCCACGUACAGGCAAACCUGACCACCUCGUCAACAUAGCUAAGUACAUCACCUUCAGCACGUUGCUGCCACAUCAUGCCCAGGCGGCCAUGACAGUUCUGUACCGCGUGUGUCGUACAGCCCCUAUACAAACAAAGCUUCUCAAUCUCUUCACUGCCGAGGAGAAAACAUCAUGUAACCUGAGUCUGCUUCAUGGAUUUGUGGAAUGUCUGGAGGUGGAUGAAGCGGAGGAAAUAGUACAGAACCGAGUGAUACAACUAGACGAGGCUGCUGUGGAGGAAAAUGUGCUCGGCACGGUGAGGAACUCAACCCGACAGAACUUGCUGCGGAUUAUCCUACACUGUCUAGACCAGCCCUCCCCCAAUCUGGCUCACCUACUGCUCGGCUUUGAUCUUCAGAAGCCAGUAAACAAAACAAACCUCCAAGAUCAGGGAAUCCUGGGAUCACCUAAGACCUGUCUCCAUGCAGUACUGAGCAUACUGGAUCAGGGGGUGGGAUGUCCCGGCGGACCAUCAUGUCUCCACGAAACACCACAGUUAGCCGAACUCUGCUACAAACUCAUCUUCAAGCUCUGCUCUAACAAAGACACUUCUGCUCCAACCCUGCGAUAUCUCCGCACAUCAAGGGACUUCCUGUACAGACAGCUCCAUCACCUCCCUUACAAUUCACAAUUAUACGCCCAUCCGGUCACCAGUCAUCAGGCAUGGCUACUGAAGACGGUCGCUGUGGAGUUAAGGAUGACAUCUCUCAACAGACAACGCUCACACACCCAGCGCCUCAUGCGGCUCCUACUGGACGACAACCAGGAUGACCAGAGUAAAGGUAUGAAUGGCGGUGGUGUGGAUGAUACAGACGCCCUGUUUGACAGGUUUGGGGACGCCUCCAUGUAUUUGUCUUCUUUCUCACAGAACAAACAACUACGGGGUAAACAGACACGUCGGAAGUUGUUGUGUCUCCUCGACUCUGUAGACUUCACACAACGCUACCCAACACCUCUGUCCCUCGAGUUCUUUGAGCCGGGUAUGAUAGAGAAGGUUAUCCGCUCGACCGAGACUGUUGGGGAACACGGUGUUGUCUGCUCUAACAUUAAUCAGCUCCACCAGGUUCUCACCAAUGAACUCAACAACGUCCAGGGAACGGUGAUGGCUGCACAGAGACAUCGCAUCAUGGAGGAAGUACAGGGGAUACUAAGAAAUGUGGUGGCCAGGAACGAGGUACGUGUCAACCUGAAGGUGAAGCAGCAGUCAUUUGAGGCUUGGCGUCAGGUCGCUGAGAUCCUUCUCACAUCUUGUCCUGAGGACCUGCUCCCCCGCGACGUUCGCCAGGCCAUCCUGUUUGAGCUGCUCCAGGAUCUCCUACAGAAGGUUGCAGAUGAAGCAGCCUUGACAGAAUUGACUUCACCAGUUGCCGGCGUUAUCCUGACACUAAUGGCAAACCUUCGCCAGUGUUUUUCUGUGGAGCAGACAACGUCUGAUGGAGACAGAUACACAUGCUACGCCUCGCGUCUCCAGGACAGCAGUACUACACUGGGCCAGUCCGUGGCCUGGGGCGAGGGGUCGGGAUCUAGAACACUGUUCGCUACAUCUCUCCAGUUGGUGCUCAAAGGCCUCAUAGAACACAUCCUCAGAUCAAGUGGAGGAUUACAGCGAGUGAGAGCCAAUUUGUAUGGAUCACUGCUGUACUAUCUACAGAUUGCACAGAAACCAAAAACUCCCACAAACCCAGAUAAGGACCAGGACGGAGUGGGAGGAAGGAUCCUUGCUGCCUCAGACUCGGAGUACGACCAGCUAGCCAAGGAGAAUGUGUCCACUAUCUUGUCCUACGGGGACAAUUUUAUGGAAACUGUGUGUCGGGACGCCUGUGAUGGGCAUGAUGUCGGACGGAUGUUAGCGCUGUCCGUGAUGGAUACAAUCCUGUCCAUGGACAAGUUCCAGCAGUGGCUGACCUUCCUGUCAUCAAAAGGAUACCUCCAACAUCUGGUGGACAGUAUACUUCAUGACGACGAACAACUACAGACACUCCUGUCCCAGAAUCCCGAACUUCGUGUCCUCUACAUCUACGAGUCUAAAAUGGGCCUGCUGACCAGGGUUGCUGAAUCUACUACUGGGGCUCACACAAUCCUCAGGUGUGGGCUCAUGCAGCGACUGGCGGGGUGCUCCUUCUUUGAUAUGCGGCCAGAGCUGGAAAGGUCACGAGAUACCCAGGGAUUUUUGGAGUCCGAGGAAUUCAUCCCUAGUCCAAUGGCUCGGUACCAACAUGUACUGUUUGCCAGUCUAAAGCUCUGUCUGGCACUACUCACCUCACUGGGUAUAGAGAACCAGGAUGCUGGAAACCAGGUGUUACAGUUCAUAUUUGCCCAUGGUGAUGUAUUUCAUAACAUCUUGAGGGAUCGCCAGCCAUCACUAAAUCUGCCGGCAUUGAGGGAACUUGCUCUGACAACUGCAGUCAUCGCCAGGGCCAACUAUCGAGGUAUUCCUGAUGCCGAGUUUGAUGACAUUGAGACAGCAGGGAUCGAGUUCAGAGGUCAUAAGACGCGUAUUGAGCGACAAAUGUUGGCCUUAGUUCCUAAGUACUGUCUGUCAGAAAAACUCACCAAACAGCUGCGCAACCUAGAAAGUCAACAGCUACAGGAAGGUCGUGACCUCAAGGCCGAGGUCACGCUAGCCUACCAAGAGGUCGCAGCUAAUGUAACAUCGUUUUGUAGAGCUGUUAUAUCAACAUCAGGUUAUUCCUCCCAGUUUUGUCGUGUGAUAUUUGGUCCAAGUUUGGAGGAAGCUUUAGCCAGAGACAUCAGAAACACAGAAGAGUUUUCCUUGUCUUCAAUGACGCCAGCCCACAUACCUAACAUAGGCAUCAUUGUGUACCAGUUACGUCAGUGUGCUGGCCGCUUCAUGUCCGUGUACGAUACACAUCAACAACAUCUCCGUAAAUUACAAAGUCUCGCUGACCUCAGUACAGACGACCUGAAGGAAUUUUCAGGGGUUCCUGCCACAGAGAAAAUGCCGUCACAUCAGCGACAACACCUGGCACACCGGCGCCUUGCACAGAUUGUACACUACAAAGGGGGUGAACUCAAACACCUUGCAUAUAUCAUAGAGAACUGUAUAUUUAUACUGUGGCGCCACCUAGAGUAUUACCUGUUACACUGUGUGCCGAUAGAUCAACAGCCCACUCUCUACCAGUCACAGGUCAAAAGGCAGCAACAGAUGCGGCGUCUACAAGACAUGACAGGUAUGAGCAGUACUCUCUACGACACCGACGUGGGAGCGACAUUCUCCGAGGGAGACGAACUGACACGGGGCGUGACGAGGGAGGAGCUAGCUACACUCAAACAAACAGCAGCGUCAGCUAUCACCGAGUCCUUACUGAAAAAAUUGUCAGAGAUCAAUCAGAGUUUCUGUAAGAAUCGGUCACAUUAUGGAUUUGUGGAGGCGUUGAUUAGACGGACCAAGCGAUUACUGAGGCUCCAUACGGGAAGUUGAUGUAGCCCAGGAAAAAAUUACAAAACAUUGUUAUUGUUCGGGAGCAGCUAAAUGUGGCUGUGAACCUGUGUUUGUAGCAUGUUGUGUCUCUGUUGUUAGUGACGUGAAGUUUAAUACAGAAAACAACGUAAAACUUUGUAGCGGUAUGCUGUAUCUGUUGGGGAUAGGAAGUACAGAAAACAACGUAAAACUUUGUAGCGGUAUGCUGUAUCUGUUGGGGAUAGGAAGUACAGAAAACAACGUAAAACUUUGUAGCGGUAUGCUGUAUCUGUUGGGGAUAGGAAGUACAGAAAACAACGUAAAACUUUGUAGCGGUAUGCUGUAUCUGUUGGGGAUAGGAAGUACAGAAAACAACGUAAAACUUUGUAGCGGUAUGCUGUAUCUGUAGGGGAUAGGAAGUACAGAAAACAACGUAAAACUUUGUAGCGGUAUGCUGUAUCUGUUGGGGAUAGGAAGUACAGAAAACAACGUAAAACUUUGUAGCGGUAUGCUGUAUCUGUUGGGGAUAGGAAGUACAGAAAACAACGUGAAACUUUGUAGCGGUAUGCUGUAUCUGUUGGGGAUAGGAAGUACAGAAAACAACUUAAAACUUUGUAGCGGUAUGCUGUAUCUGUUGGGGAUAGGAAGUACAGAAAACAACUUAAAACUUUGUAGCGGUAUGCUGUAUCUGUUGGGGAUAGGAAGUACAGAAAUCAACUUAAAACUUUGUAGCGGUAUGCUGUAUCUGUUGGGGAUAGGAAGUACAGAAAACAACUUAAAACUUUGUAGCGGUAUGCUGUAUCUGUUGGGGAUAGGAAGUACAGAAAACAACUUAAAACUUUGUAGCGGUAUGCUGUAUCUGUUGGGGAUAGGAAGUACAGAAAUCAAAGGUGGACACACUCUGAAGAAAGUUUAAUAAAAAAAAUAUUGAAUGUUCCGUUUUAAUACAGAAAAAAUCAUUUCACUGUCAUGUGUUUGAACUGUUUCUGACAUGACAAAAGUUUUUGGGGUAUUUAAAAGAUACAUUUGUAGAUGUUACACAAUGAGUGGUUGUUGUAUGUAUCAAAAGUUAUAAAAAGCUCGAGCUUUAGCGAGUGUUUUCUGAAUUUUUAGAAAAAUAACUGACUGUGAAAUAAUACUACAUAGACAACUACGAGUUUGUGUGACCUGUUUCUACCACAAUAAAAAAAAUCACCAGAUGAUGAAUUUUUACAGUGUCAGUUUGGGUGUAAGGAUAUAACCUGUUUUAUAAUAGUGAAAUGCUAAUAUGCAAAACUGACAAAUUCUAGAAAUAUUUUAAUUUAUAACUGUUAAAAAUUAAUAGAAAUAUAUAUAUACAUAAUUAUCACCAAAAAAACAGUUAUGAACAACUUUUUGUUUUAUCAUUUCUGCGCGUGAAACAGCCUUCAUGUUUUAGCCAAUCAAAAACGCAUUGGAUCACAUGAUUACAAAGUUAUUCCCGAUUGAAGUUCAACUGGUCUGCCAAUAGAGACACACUUACUGUUUGUUAUACAACAGUUGUAAUAAUUAAUUGAUGGGAGUAAAUGACACCCACCUAGUAUGAUAGAAUGGAUGGUAGAAACAAUAUGUAACAAAUUGAUAGAUUUAUGGAUAGUUGAACAGCUCAAGUUACUUUACACCUUUGAUUGAUAUUUGAUUGAAUUAUCCUGAGGCUGACCUAUUACCUUUUUCAUGAAUAAGGAACAAAAGCUUUGAAGCAGGUGCCCUCUGAUUAAAGAUCUAUACUGUAUCAGACGUUGACAUUUAUCAGACUUAUUUAUAAUACAGAUGUUUUCUGUUCUAAUGUUUCGGGGAUGUUAAACUGUCCUCCAUGUCUUAAACACGAAGUGAGCUACAGAAAAUGUUCAGAUGAAAUAAAAAAAAAAGAAUGAACAUU